CAUAGAUCCUGUCCCUAAUAUGGGAACAAUCUACAAGGGUGGAUGCUGAAUUUCGCCCGAUUUUCUAAGCAUAUACUCUCUUUCUUCGUAUAGUGAACAUGUCAUCUAUGGAAACAACAAUGGAAACAUGUAGUUCUAUAGAUGAUAGGCCCGAUGAGAAAAGGGCAGAGAGUGCAGCUGUUGUGAAGAGUUCUACGAAGAUGAUGCCAGAGUAUUCCGAGAAGUUUUUACAAGAGAGAGAUAUUUGUACCACACAGUUUGAGAAAUGGACUGAAUAUGAACAAAUUGCAUUUGUUGAACAUUUAUUAUCACGGAUGUGUCAUUAUCAACAUGGACAGAUUAAUGCUUACCUUAGGCCCAUGCUACAGAGGGAUUUUAUCACAGCACUUCCAGCCAAAGGUCUCGACCAUGUGGCAGAGAACAUCUUGGGCUAUUUGGAUGCCCCCUCGCUGUGUGCGGCAGAGCUGGUGUGUAAGGAGUGGUACCGUGUCAUCUCAGAGGGCAACCUGUGGAAGAAACUCAUAGAACGCAAAGUGCUGACAGACAGUCUGUGGAAGGGACUAGCAGACAGGAGAGGAUGGUGCCAAUUCUUGUUUAAACCCAAGCCUGGAGAACCACCAAAAGAUCAUAAAUUUUACAGAAGUCUGUACCCCCAAAUUAUUCAAGAUAUUGAUAGAAUAGAGAGCAACUGGCGUACAGGGCGCCACACAUUACAGAGGAUUCACUGUCGCAGUGAAACCAGCAAGGGGGUGUACUGUCUCCAAUAUGAUGAUAGCAAGAUCAUCAGUGGGUUGAGAGAUAACACUAUCAAGGUAUAUAUGUGGGACCGCAACACACUGGAGUGUGUCCAAGUAUUGACAGGCCACACAGGAUCUGUGCUGUGCCUUCAGUAUGACGAGAACAUAAUCAUAUCUGGAUCCAGCGACUCCACAGUCAGAGUGUGGGAUGUGAAGACCGGGGAGAUGCUGAACACACUGAUCCACCACUGUGAGGCUGUCUUGCAUCUCAGGUUCAAUGAUGGCAUCAUGGUCACCUGCUCAAAGGACCGCUCGAUAGCUGUGUGGGAUAUGCAGUCCCCCACUGAAAUCAACUUGAGGCGGGUGCUUGUGGGUCACCGAGCUGCUGUCAAUGUUGUUGACUUUGAUGAGAAAUACAUUGUCUCGGCAUCUGGAGACAGGACAAUCAAGGUGUGGAACACUUCUACCUGUGAGUUUGUGCGGACACUAAAUGGUCACAAGAGAGGUAUUGCCUGUCUUCAAUACAGGGACAGACUAGUUGUUAGUGGCAGCUCAGACAACACCAUACGGUUAUGGGACAUAGAAUAUGGCGCCUGUCUCCGGGUGUUGGAGGGCCAUGAGGAGCUGGUCAGGUGCAUCCGCUUUGAUGGCAAGAGGAUUGUCAGUGGAGCUUACGAUGGCAAAAUCAAAGUGUGGGAUCUGCAAGCUGCACUGGAUCCCCGCUCACCAGCAGGCACUCUCUGUCUCAGAACUUUAGUGCAGGAACAUUCAGGACGUGUAUUCCGGCUCCAGUUUGAUGAAUUCCAGAUAGUGAGCAGUUCUCAUGAUGAUACCAUUCUCAUCUGGGACUUUCUUAACGUGCCCUUGCCAGAAGGUGGUAAAUCGCCUCAGAGAACCUACACCUACGUAUCCAAAUGAUGCAUGCUUCUUUCAGGCUCAUAAUGCUGACUUACUAAGACUAAAUCAAUCCUGUCAAACAAACGCUUUGCCAUCGGAACCUGAUGUAAUGGAGGCUGGUGACUAGACACAAAACAGUUGUGUCAGCAGCAGCAUCAGCAUCAUAACCUCGUGCCCAGCAUACAGCUUCUGGCACAAGGAUACCUGCCAAAUCUCAGAUCUGAUGGUAUAGAGUGGGUAGAGAAAGGCAUGGAAGACAAUGGACCAUGAUAAUGACAGACAGACGGACAGCAAUGAUACGGAAUUCCUUCCAAGCGGACGUCUUUCAGCCAUUAUUUGUAUUUGUGUGUCCCGGGCAGCUGUUGACAAUGUUGUCCAAAAAACAUAUGAGCAAAAAAAAAGAAAAAUGACCCAAAAAAAAUUGAUAAGAUGUUUCUACAUAAACUUGAAUUAUGUGCUCCAUCGCUGCUCACUGCUGACUGAGUGGAAUGGAGAGAAUGGUAGAAGAUGAAUUCUGUGAUUUUUUUCUGUGUGUGGACGUAUGGAUGGAUGCUCUCUUCUCAGUGUUUCUCAUCUCAUCUGAGUAUCUGUAGUUUGUGAAUGGAGCUGGACCGUUUCUUAAUUUGUCAAGCUUUUGUAGACAAAGUGGUAUUGGGCAUCUAUGCUUUGCCAUGCCUUGUGAUGGGGCCCACUUUGCAACUGUUGAAGUUUUUUUUUUUUUUGUGGGGUGUUUUAAUGAGAAGUUGCUUUGCAGGGCAAGUGCUAUAAAGAGCCUGUUUCAUAUUUUUAAUGUUGAAUUUGUUCUAGGUGAAAGAGUGUCAGUUAUUCAUGCAUGAACAGCUUUACUGAGUAAAAAAAUAAAGUCGUGGUCUCAUAUAUGAUCUUUUGUACACACAAGUUGCCUUUUAGUUUUGUGUACAUUACUGGUUGUCAUGGUUACCUUUAAUCUGUUCAUUUGUAGAUCAUUUCCCAGUUCAUUAUUUAAAGCCAUGGGAAUCAUAUAAUGAUUCCUAUUGUAUUCAUAGACUUUCUCUUACUCCUUCAUACUCUUGCUGCGUAUGAAGUUUUAUUCCAAUAAACCUUUGUAAUACAUACAGACCAUGGCUGAUGAAUUAACCUGUACUAUCGUCAUAGUGUGUAUAUGUCUCUUGACUAUAAGUUAUUGAGUGAAUUUAUUGUGCUAUAGAGAUAAUUUCAUCUGUUUGAACCUUGCCAAAGUUUGAUGUCAUCAGUAGGAGGGUUCAACAAUCAUUUCAACCAUGCUCGGUUCAUAAUCCAGUCUCACAACUGAUGUUGUCUGGAACAGUUUCCUUCAAAUCCAAAGGAGAAAUAAUAUUGUACAUACUAAGAAUUGUAUAUAGUGAGCUGGUUUCAAGUGCUGUAAUUCCAGGUUGUCAGACUGGCAAGGUUUAAGUGUUGGAUGCCUCUGAGACUUACAUUCUCAAUGCUGUUACCCCUUCAAUCUCAUUAACAUAAUAUCCUUUAUGUCGAUAUGAUAGAUACCUCUCUGCACGAAGAUCUGAGGUCACCUCCAUAUGAGGUCUCGUUAGGGGAACCCUGAGUGACCUUUGACUGCCCAAACUAAAGGAAGGCUGUGUGAGUUCUUUAGCCAAUCAGAUGUCAGCUUAGCAAAACAAUUUGGAUUUCUUUACUUUCUUGAUUUGAAAAUGCUGAAUUUAUCAAAAGAAAAACCCACAUGGAACACAAGUAAGAUUUCUGUUGUACUCAAGUUUGGAUGUAGGUGGCAGGGCAUUCAGGGUGAAUAAAAUGUACAUGGUUAUUUUGCUGAAGGCAAGUGACAUUAGGACAUUUUUCACCUGCGCUUGUGGGGUUCACCAACAUGUCAAUGUCGAAGACCUGCAUCACUUCAGGGUUUAUUCCACAUUAAGGUGAAACUCCGUGACAUAACUGGAAUACUGUUCAAAGCGGUGUUAAGCUCAACUAACUCAGGACUUAUAAGUUUUAAUUCAUUACCUAAUUUAGGACAGUUUGGAUGAUGGUCAAUGUCAAAGAAAAUGAACUGAUCUGAAUCCCUAUAAUAUAAUGGCGUGGAAUAUUCAGAACAGGUAGAUUGACUUGUUUUCAAGAUGCAGUAAUCAGAUAUGCUGGUUUGAAUUUUUUCGCUCAUGCCUGCAAAUAGUUUCGAUGCUUUUUAGGGAGUUCUGAGGCAACCUCUGGAGAUGUCCGAUCUUCAUGCAGAGAUAUCACACCCAGUAAAACAUCCUAGUUUAUGGCUCCUCAGUCUGACGUUCCAAAUAUUUGCCGAUAAUCAUGACCACAAAAUUGACACCGUAAUGUACAACCGUUUCUCUACAUAUCAGUCACUUAAUGAAAUGGACAACCUAGGAUUUAUCUUGUGUUUGAGAUUAUGUCUUUGUAUCAAUUUCAGUUUGUGCAUUAAUCUGUUUUUAACCAAAUUCUUUUAUUUAGGCAUUUCUGUAACUUACAGUGGUUUGGAUACAGUGAUUCUUCUCAGCAAUAAGGAUAUAAAUCAAAAGUACUUGAACACUUGACAUAGACAGUCUUCAAGUAGAGUUUGCUUUAUCAGAAUGUUCAUAGAAUCACGCACAAUUUCCUGCCCUAAUUGUACAACUGCCAUAUGGAUACAAUUUGCACAGCAAUUUCACCAAACCGUAAUGAUCUACUUAAACCUGUAGCUGCAGAAUGUUUUUAGAAUAGUCAUUUGCUUCAAGCGUGGAUGAAUGAAGUCCAAGAUUGUAAGUGG